AACCCCUUUGGCAAGUUCUAAUAAUGGAUAUGUCUGCAGCAUUAGCAGAAAGGCAGAAGGUUCAACUAUUCCUUAAUGCUGCUCGUACUGGAAAUCUCGAUCUCCUGAAGAAACUGGCGGCAAACCUCGAUGACGGGCAGGGAGUAGCAAUAUCUGUAUCAAGUGUUAAGGACGCAAACAAAAGAGGGGCGCUUCACUUUGCUGCGCGAGAGGGGAAGACUGAGAUUUGCAAGUACUUACUUGAGGAACUGAAGCUCGAUGUCGAAACAAAAGAUGAAGAUGGAGAGACUCCUCUUCUUCAUGCUACUCGGCAAGGACACACUGACACUGCCAAGUAUCUUCUUGAAUGUGGUGCAAAUCCCUCUAUUUCCAGUGACAUAGGAGCCACAGCUUUGCAUCAUGCGGCUGGAACAGGAAACAUAGAUCUGCUGAGGUUCCUACUGUCCAAAGGGGUUGAUGUGGAUUCACAAAGUGAUGCUGGUACCCCAAUGAUUUGGGCUGCUGGUCAUGGUCAACAAGAGGCUGUGAAGGUUUUGUUGGAAAACCAUGCUAAUCCUAAUGCUGAAACUGAUGAUAAUAUUACUCCACUUUUAUCCGCUGUUGCGGCUGGUUCACUGCCAUGCUUAGAGCUGUUGAUUCAGGCAGGGGCUAAUGCAAAUGUUAGUGCAGGUGGGGCAACUCCAAUGCACAUAGCUGCCGAUAAUGGGAGCCCAGAUAUUAUCAAUUGCUUAUUAAAAGCAGGAGCAGAUCCCAAUGCAGUUGAUGAGGAUGGCCUGAAGCCAAUACAGGUUGCUGCUGCGAGGAGUAAUCGUGGAGCUAUUGAGGUUCUUUUCCCCUUGACAUCGUCUGUGCAAACUAUUCCGGACUGGAGUGUUGGUGGAAUAAUUGAACAUAUGCAGUCUGAAGCAGGAAAAGAACAGGGGGAAACAGAAAAUUCGAAGAAAGCUGAUACACCGAAAGACACCACCUUGCAGAAGCAAGAUCUUCCUGAGGUCACACCUGAGGCAAAGCAGAAAGCUUUGGAGGCGAAAUCAAGGGGGGAUGAUGCGUAUAAAAGACAAGAUUAUCUUAUGGCUAUAGAUGCUUAUACACAGGCAAUUGACCUGGACCCCACUGAUGCUACUUUACUCUCAAAUCGAAGCCUUUGUUGGAUACGUUUGGGACAAGCUGAGCAUGCCUUAGCAGAUGCAAAGGCCUGCAGAGCGCUGAGACCAAAUUGGGCAAAAUCUUGCUAUAGAGAAGGUGCAGCUCUACGUCUACUGCAGAGGUUUGAUGAAGCAGCAAAUGCCUUUUAUGAGGGUGUAAAGCUUGACCCAGAAAACAAGGAGCUUGUAAAUGCUUUCAGGGAAGCGGUGGAAGCUGGUCGAAAAUUUCAUGGCACAGAUGAUAAAAAGGCUUAGGGGAGUUCGGCGUAAAAUAUGAGGGAAGAAGCCAGACUGACCUAGCUUGUGUAAGUGUAUGUUGGGCAAUUUUGUUCUCAUGAGGAGUUUAAUGUUUAUUUUUAUUAUUGCAUGCCUACUGGAAGUACCGAAGAGGGGUGGAAAUAGAAGCUGGGUACUGCAGCAAAAGAUAACUGGAAGUGAAGAAUGCCUAAUAUUUCAUUUUGUGAAAGCAAAUGGUUAUACCUAGCUGUCCUGGCAAAAGAUUUAAUGAGAAAAUAUGAAACA